AUGGUUGUUUGUAGAUAUUGGUUGCAAGGUUGUUGUCGAUAUGGCAAUUCCUGUUGGUAUGAUCAUUUCAAAACAACAGAACAUUCACCAUCCCAUCAAGUUAACUUGGAACAAAUUAAAUCAUGGGAAAAGGAAUUAAAAGAGCAAGAAUCAAGUUUAGAGAGCAUAUUACUUGAUGCAGACGAACACUAUUAUGAAAAUAGUGAAUAUGAGGAUUGGGAUGAUGAUGAUGCUCAAAAAAUUAGAAAUGCAUUAUUACAUGGAAAGGAAUUGUAUACUUAUGAAGAUGAUGAUUCAGAUUAUUAUGAGGAUGAGGAUGAUGAAGAUGAAGAAGAGGAUUCCGAUGAUGAAGAUGAUGAUUUGGAAAAGAAAGGUCGUAUAAAUUCUGACGAUGAGGAAGAUGAGGAAGAUUCCGAUGAAGAUGAAGAUGAAGAAAAAGAUUUGAAUUAUUAUGCAAACAAAGUUAGUCAACGCCAUAGAAAGAAGAGAAAAUUGAAUGAUUCUAAACGUUCAACACAAUCUAUCAAUACUAAUUCAUUUACAAUAUCAAUGCAAAUAUCAAUUUCAACUAUUUCUCCUCUUUAA